UAUUUGGAAAGGGUAUUCUAAUUUAGAUCCUUGAACCUUUUCUGAGCUAUUUCUGAUUUUUUGACUUCGUGACUUGUGAGAGAAGUAGAGAAGGAUAGUAUCAUGAUGCAGUAGUUGUAUCUUGUAUGUAGUCCACGGUCAAGACUGAAGAAGAGGCCUAGUCAAAAACCCUAUCUAUGCUUUCUUAUGGCAAUUGAGAAUAGGGAAUCAAAUUCAAUAGCACCCAAAUCCACCAUCAAGAUACCAAAAAUGCUUCAGCGUCUCUCCCUCAAAUCAUCAUCAUCAUCAACAAAUUCCUCUGCUCCACCGCGGCCACCGCCGCCGCAGAAUUCUCACGGGAAUUCCACGGAGGCCGUCUCACCUCAACCCUCACCCACCAACAUCAACUUCAGUCGCGAAUACACCCUCACUGUCCAAACCAAUUCCUUCAGCUCAAUGCGUUCCAAAAUUCAUCAUUUGCAAUCACAAUUACCCGAACAAAACGGUGAGAUUCACCACCACAGCCACAGCUUACUUGACCCCAACAAAGAAUGCGUAGAAGAGGCACUUCUUCGUGCCAAGACUAGCCCCUUCACCACUCUUGUCAAAGACUACUUUGAUCAUAGCGAAAACACCACCACUCUCUGCCUUCUCUUACACCUUAGUGUCAUUCGCGCACGUGCCCUUUACUCUCCUCUUCAAACCCUCCUUGAAGUCCUUAAUCUAGACUCUUCCCUCUCCCAAUCCCAAUGCGAUCACAUCUUCAACUUAUUAGUUGAAUUUGAUCGCCUCGACAACCCUUUUCCUUCCCCUGACUCUCACAACUUCAACCAAAUGCACCAAUGCUAUUCCGAUCUCAAACCACAGCUUGAUCGCCGCCUCCGCAAAUCCUGCUCUAGAAUUCGCCUCAUCCGCCACGCCACAACUGGGCCUGCCCUCUGUUUCAUCUGCACUGCUGCUGGAGUUGAUUACAGAGAAGUUGCCGGUAUAGCGCAGCUUGAGGCUGCUACUAGGGGCACUUAUAAAUUGGACGAGCACCUUGUCACCAUUAACUGCCUCGUUGAUCGUAUCAGAGAUGCAGUUGACAAUCACAAGUCCCUCAUUCGCUUUGUAUUGGAGAGGGGCAACGAAAAGCAUCCCAUACAAAUGGUGAUGAAACGCCUCCAAAUAGACCAAGUCAGUAUCCAGCACACGCUUGAAAUUCUUGAGGAACAUAUAAACCUAUGCUUUAUCACCAUCAAUAGGGCCAGAGCUCUGCUCCUCCAGGAGAUCUAUCGUCAUCAAUCUUCAAUGUCAAGAGAUUGCAGGCACAGACAAGGAGCUGACUUAGCUACUAACUCUCACGAAAACUUUGUAUACAGUCCGGGCUGAAGCUUCAACUGUGGCUUUAAGGUUACUCUCUUGAACAGAAAUGUCUCUUAUUCCAUCUAUAUUGCAGUUGCUUGUUUGAACCUUUUCAUUGAUUGACUAAUUAAUGGAAUAAAAUUAUUAGAAACAAAUUAGUUUUUCCCCCCUCAAGCAGGGUAAGACUAGAAUUCUUUAACACUUCGACUUCAUAGUCAACAUUGAUGAUCUUUGUAGAGGUUAUGCUUUGUGUAUUCCAAGAUUUCAAUUAUUUUGUGUAUACUUCGGUGGAGUUUUUGCACAUUCCAUGAUAAAGUUCAUUGUGAAUUCUGUAGUUGCAUUGCUAUAUGGAACUGUAUUUUAGUACUUCCUAUCUUCUUCUUUUUUGAAGUGGGUAUACUUACAGUCUAUCCAUGCAUGUGUAGCCAAGAAAUCUCCACCAUGCUUAUCACACUAAUGAAUAAUUUUGCAGUGAGACAAUCACAAAGUCUGAAAUGUGACAUCUUCUCAACUACUGGUUGUAUAACUUAUAAACUUAUCUAAGAAAACAAAUGUCCUUGCCCCCUUCCCCCUCCCACCCCCCUCUCUCUUUAUGAAGGUGCAAAACUGUUGAGGAUUCUAGUGAUAUUUUCAACUUCAUUGAUCUGAGAAUGGCUUCAUACCAUUAUCUGAUCUGUGUAUCCUUAUAUUGGGAGACAAUCAACUAUGAGCCUAUCUGAUUACAGAACACAAUCAGAUACUUGAUAGAAGAUAUCAGGCCAACAACACUCACGAAGGAAGAUGCCCAAUUGUGACUUCAAACAAAUUCAGAUACUUCAAAUAUCGAAGUGAGUUGUGGCUAUGACACAAAGAAUGGAGGAUAUUAAGAUAUCAGGCCGACAAGAAUCUUGGAGGAAGAUACCAAUUUGCCCUAUUGUGACCUUGGAAGAUGGCUAUUAUGAGCUAUGAGAUGAAAGAGAUCUGUUUUGCAUCAAAGAUGUUAACUCCGAAUUUAAUGAAUUAUUGAUCUUUCAUAAGAGAUAUCCAAAUUUUUGUAAGGUUAUAAAGAACAGCUUCAUUAUUUUAAAAUGAUAACAAUGCGUUUGAGACUGUUGUUAACCAUUAUUUGUAAAUUUAGAAGUGAAAGCUGGGGGCUGUUCACUGACUCA